UCUGCUCGACGCUUGUGGCCUCUUCGAACGAGCCUGCGCGAUGAGAAUUCAAAUUUCGAACGAUUUGAAAACUGACAUUCAAUUCGAACUUUAAAACUCUGUCAGUAAGACAACGUUUUUAUUUUUUCACCUGGAUUUUAAGAACUGUAUGUGUGUGAACUUUGUGUUGUGACGUGUUGUGACGACAUUUUAAUAUUGAAUCCAUUGCAUUUCAAGAUUAUAGGACUCAGAAUUACUGUAUAUAACAAAGAUAUCUUACGAUUGAAAUUAACGUCUAAAAUAAAAUUACAUAUAACUGUAAUGUACAAGUGUUUAAGACAGUACAAGUGAUACAUUGUGAUGUGAGUGUGGUCAAGUAAUUAUGUGAAAAGGUAUAGCAGUAAUGUGGCUCCCAGCAGCGCUCUGUUUACUCAGCCAAUUGGGUCUGUCGGCUGGUGGGGUUGACAGCACAGACCCUGACAGCAUUUUCGCAGUGAGUAACGGCACUGCGGAGACGGAGCCCGCCGUACAGCCACACUUUGACAAUGCUACAAAAAGAGAAAACACGGCCGCGGUGGGGCAACCAGCUUACCUUCACUGUAGGGUGAAAAAUCUCGGAGAUAGAUCUGUGUCAUGGAUCCGGAAACGAGACCUGCACAUCCUCACAGUUGGCGUGCAUACAUACAGUAGUGACGCACGCUUUGCAGCACUUCAUACAGAUGGCUCUGACGAGUGGACCCUGCGAGUUGCUCACGCGCAGCCCCGAGAUUCCGGGGCGUAUGAGUGCCAAGUAUCCACAGAGCCUAAGAUAAGUCUAUCUUUCUGGCUUACUGUUGUUGUAUCCAAAGCGGAGAUCCUGUCUGGUCCAGAGUUGUUUGUGAGAGCUGGCUCCGACAUUAACUUGACGUGUAUUGCACGCCACGCACCAGAUCCACCUAGCUUUAUAUACUGGUAUCGGGGGACAAAUGUGGUGAACUACGCACAGCGUGGUGGAAUCAGUGUUGAGACUGAACAACGGACUCGAACCAGUCGCCUCCUCAUAGCUCGGGCUUCGCCCCGUGACUCUGGAAACUAUACAUGCGCUCCUAGCAGUUCUGAUUCCGCGUCGGUGGUUGUCCACGUGGUUAGCGGUGAGCGUCCGGCUGCGAUGCAAAGCGGGGCCACAAUUUCUGCGCCAACUCUUCUCUGCACAUUAUCCACACUUAUUACCUUCUACUACCAUAGACAUUUUCUAACAAAAUUCCUGUAUAACACACCGCUACCCUUUAUUUCAUUUCAAAAUAAGGCUUUAGCUCCUAGAUGAUACAAUAAAGCAUAAAAUGCAAAUUUAGGUAAGAAACGAAUUACUAUAAUAUAUUUUCGUUGAUCUUUUAAUCUGAGUGUAAAUAAAAUUUUAUGUUCGAGCAAUAUAAUAUGUUUUAUGGCGUAUUAUAUUACGAUGUAAUGCCACGCAAUAAAUUUGUAAGGUUCGUUAUUACAAAGUUCGUGUAAAUAAGGUUUUGUUACGAGUUUUAAUUAAUUUGUAUUCAAAGUUGUUUAUAACUUAUUAUUGGAGUAGCUUAGCAACAAUAUAUUAAGACAGCGCCUAAUAAUUCAUAUAUUUUUGCUUUUCUUAUGUCUUUUGCAUAGCACCUUAGUGUUUCCUCUUGUUCUACGCAAGUUUAUAAGCACGCAAUAUUCUUUACAAGAUGUGAAAUUAAAUGUUUUACCUUUAUAAUAGAUUUUAAGUGUGUGAUUAUACUUUUUCCUUUAUUAACUUAACUGGCCAGAUGUUGUCCUGUACACAGAUCUU